AAAAAAAAAUCGGUCCACGUCCCAAACCCUUUUUAUAGGAGAGUUUAAUGUUCUGGCAGAAGACUUCACAAUCUCUUGAUCAUAUCUCUCUCUCUCUCUAAACCAAACCCAAAAAAAAAUCUCUCAUUUUCUCUCUCUCUAACAAUCUUUCUCCUUUCGUCAAUCUCGUGAUCUUCUUCUUCUAUUUAUGGACAGAGGAUGGUCUGGUCUCACUCUUGAUUCAUCUUCUCUCGAUCUCAUAAACCCUAAUCGUUUUAAUAACAAUCACCGCCGCUUUUCGAAUCCAUUGACGACCAUGUCUAGAAUUGGCGACGAUGAUGAUCAAAAGACGAAAAUAUCCACUGCAGGAAGCGAAUUUAGGUUUCCGGUGAGUCUCUCCGGUAUCCGUGACCGUGAAGAUGAUGAUUAUUCGAGUGGAGCCGCCGCUGGAGAAAACGACCGUGAAGUUCCCGGCGAAGUGGAUUUUUUCUCCGACAAGAAAUCUAGGGUUUGUGACGACGACGACGGACUUCGCGUUAAGAAGGAGGAGCAUGAUGAUCGAACCGACGUAAAUACCGGUUUGAAUCUUCGAACCACGGGUAAUACCGUGAGUGAUCAAUCAGUGAUCGACGAUGGAGAAUCUUCCGAAAUGGAAGAGAAGCGUGCAAAAAAUGAGUUGGUUAAGUUACAAGAUGAGCUGAAGAAAAUGACCAUGGAGAAUCAAAAGCUUAAAGAAUUACUUACACAAGUGAACAACAAUUACACUUCACUUCAGAUGCAUCUUCUUUCAAUAAUGCAACAACAACAACAACAGCAACAACAGAACAAGGCAAUAGAGGCUGCUGGAAAACCUGAGGAGACGAUAGUACCGAGGCAAUUUAUCGAUCUAGGCCCUACGAGAGCAGCGAGAGAGGCAGAGGAUUUGUCGAACUCUUCGUCAGAAGAUAGAACUCGUUCGGGCGGUUCUUCUCCGGCAGAGAGGCGUGGGAACGAAGUAAGAGACGGAAAGAGACUUGGGCGUGAAGAAAGCCCCGAAACCGAGUCUAACAAAGUUCAGAAAGUCAAAAAUAGUAGUCCGUCGACGUUUGAUCAAACCGCUGAGGCUACGAUGAGGAAAGCUCGUGUCUCGGUUCGUGCCCGAUCAGAAGCUCCCAUGAUAAGUGAUGGAUGUCAAUGGAGAAAAUACGGCCAGAAGAUGGCUAAAGGGAACCCUUGUCCUCGGGCUUAUUAUCGUUGUACGAUGGCUACGGGUUGUCCCGUUCGCAAACAAGUUCAACGUUGUGCGGAGGAUAGAUCGAUUCUGAUAACGACCUACGAGGGAAACCACAGCCAUCCGUUGCCGCCAGCCGCGGUGGCGAUGGCUUCGACCACCACAGCCGCAGCGAACAUGUUGCUAUCCGGAUCAAUGUCUAGUAAUGAUGGGAUGAUGAACCCUACCAAUUUACUAGCUAGGGCUGUUCUUCCUUGCUCCACAAGCAUGGCUACAAUCUCAGCCUCCGCACCGUUCCCUACCGUCACAUUAGACCUCACCCACACGCCUCCGCCUCCUAAUGCUUCCAACUCCUCUUCUUCUACAGCCGCCGCUUCCAACCACAACUCAUUAAUGCAGCGGCCACAGCAGCAGCAGCAGCAACAACAAAUGUCCAACUUAUCCACGGGUAUGUUACCUCAUGUAAUAGGCCAGGCAUUGUAUAACCAAUCCAAAUUCUCCGGGCUGCAGUUUUCCGGUGGCUCUCCGUCGACGGCGUUUUCACAGCCGCACGCGGUGGCUGAUACAAUAACAGCACUCACCGCUGAUCCGAAUUUUACAGCGGCUCUUGCAGCCGUUAUUUCUUCUAUGAUCAAUGGUUCGAAUCACCAUGACGGCGGAGGAAACAAUAAAAAUCAGUAGAAAAAAAAAGAUUACAAUUGUUUUGUUUUUGUUUAUUACAUCUCCAUUCUUUUUUUUUUUCAACUGGUCAUAGGAAACAGAGAGUUUAUUUCAUUGAUUCGUAUUUGUUCUGUUUCGUACCAAACUUCCAGUAAAUAUACAAAAGAAAAAAGAUUUUAAUUUCGAAUAAUAAUUUAGCUUUUUAUUUGUAGAUGUAUAAAAAUUAGUUACGUAUCUUAGCAUUGUCUUUAAUACAGUAAUGAAGUUUCUUUUGUUUGUAUGAUACUAUAUAUAC